AUGAAGCAGCUUCAAGAGGCUCUGUUGGUGGAAAAUGAUAAGAUAAGAAAUGGUAACAGGGAGGCGCUGACGGCCCUCCGGAAACAAGCUAGGACAACCAAGACUAGCGUGCCAUCUCCCUUUGAGGUCAUAAUGAAAGAGAUGGAAAGAAGCUCUGCCAAGCAGCUGAUAAAGGAGAUAUGCCCAAGUUGUGGAGAUCAUGACCCCAAGGAACAUACUUGGCUAAUGUUUCCUGGAUCAGAUAUUUUUGCCCGUGUUCCAUUUCAUGUCGCACACACUGUUGUGGAAAAAGACCAAGAACGCCUGGAUCUGGAUACCAAGAAACUGCAAAGCUUUGUCAAGGAGAAAUCACUUGUGAUUGCCGAAAAAGGUGCCCUAGCAGGCAAAUUCGGUGUUGACACCGUGAAAUCUUUGGUUAGCCUUACGGACACAACUAAAUCGACACGGGAGGGAGGGGAGGUGAAGUACCAGUUGGGUUGA